GCACCUUGCCUUGAGAGGUCACCUCACAGCCUGUGAACUCUGGGCAGAAGGAGAUUCUACAGGAUUCCUAAGAGAUGCCUUGUGUGUUGUUUUGUAGAACCUCCAGGCCACACCAUUGUGUUCCUUCAAGAAGAGAUCAUUUUUAACCUCUGUGCCUGACUCAUCAUCAUGCAGCUUCUGCUGGGGCUCUUCUUCUUCUCUGCCCUCCUGAUUGCAGAUAGUUCCUUGCAGUGUGAAUAUUGUGUAUCAACGACUCCGAAUUGUUUUGGUCGAAAACAAACAUGUUCUUAUAAGAAUACCGUCUGCCUGACUUUGAAAAUUGAAAUUAAUGCAUCGGCGAUAAUUCCUGCCACCAUGAAACGCUGCGGCACGGUGCGUGAUUGCAAGCAUUAUGAAAGUCUAUUGGGGAAGCGUUUAACUGGCCAACCACUCAACAUAACAGAUAAUUUGUCUGGUCUUCUAGUUGGAUCUGUCAUUAAAGAAGUUAUCUGCAUGAAAUGAUUUGCACAAAGGAUCCCCAGCAUUCCUUGGGCUCCUCCUGAUGAAGCUCUCUUCUGAAGCUCUUCUUUCCACCCAAAUGUUGUCCCCUUUUUCUUGUCCAGUUAUGUCCUCUCAAGCUGAUCAGGCGGGAUCUUGGAUGUUAUUGCGCAUGUGUCGAAAUUUUCCCCAAUGUAAAUCCACGAAGCAAACAGAAAUACAAUCCGCCGCCUUGAACGUGUGUUUGAAUAAAGGUAUUUCAUGUUAUUUCAUUC